AUGGAAGGUCUUUACUUCAACGUGAACAACGGCUACGUCGAAGGCAUCGUUCGAGGGUACCGCAACGGCCUUCUCACGAGUCCAGCCUACAACAACCUAACGCAGUGCGAGACCAUCGAUGACCUGAAGCUGCAGCUCGGUCCUGCUUACGGCGACUUCCUCGCCUCCCUCCCCCCGAACCCGUCGACGUCUAUCCUGGCAUCCAAGACCACUGAUAAGCUCAUUUCGGAAUUCCGCUAUGUCCGUGCCAACGCCGUCGGGUCCUUGGCGACCUUCAUGGACUACGUCACCUACGGCUACAUGAUCGACAACGUCGCACUUCUCAUCACAGGGACGCUGCACGAACGAGAUACCCGGGAACUUCUCGAGCGAUGCCACCCUCUCGGCUGGUUCGAGACGAUGCCAGUCCUGUGCGUUGCCACCAACAUCGAGGAGCUCUACAACAGCGUCCUCAUAGAGACCCCGCUCGCCCCUUACUUCAAGGGCAGCCUCAGCCACCAGGAUCUGGAUGAGCUCAACAUUGAGAUCGUGCGCAACACCCUGUACAAGAAUUACCUGGAGGAUUUCUACAAGUUUGUCAACACCCACCCCGACAUGGCGGGAACUCCGACCGCCGAGGUCAUGUCCGAGAUUCUCGAGUUCGAGGCCGACCGGCGAGCCAUCAACAUCACCCUCAAUUCCUUCGGAACCGAGUUGAGCAAAGCAGAUCGCAAGAAGCUCUACCCAAACUUUGGUAAGCUGUACCCCGACGGAACCUUGAUGCUCUCUCGGGCCGAGGAUCCGGAAGGUGUACGUCUGGCUGUCGAUGGCGUCCACGACUACAAGACUUUCUUCGAGAGCGCUUCUCUCGGCGGCACCUCCGGCCCUGGUAACAUGGGCGGCGGUUCCUCCGACGGCAGGACAUUGGAAGACAUGUUCUACCAGAAGGAGAUGGAAAUUUCAAAGAGUGCUUUUACCCGCCAGUUCACCUACGCCAUUGUAUACGCUUGGGUGAAACUGCGAGAACAGGAAAUUCGCAACAUCACUUGGAUCGCGGAGUGCAUCGCCCAGAAUCAAAAGGAUCGCAUCGGCAACUUCAUCAGCGUGUUCUAG